AUGGAUAACUCAGACAUACUAAUGAACAUGAUGAUGCAGCAGAUGGAGAAGCUUCCUGACCACUUCUCUAACCCAAACCCUAACCCUAAUUCCCAUAACAUCAUGAUGGUCUCCGAAUCCAACACUCACCCAUUCUUCUUCAACCCCAACCAUUCUCAUACCCAUCUCCCACUUGACCCAAUCAUCUCUCACCACCACCAACCCGGUUUAAAUUUCCGGUACGCCCCCUCCACGUCAUCAUUUCCACCGGAAAAAAGAGGAGGUGGCAGCGACAACAACGCUAACAUGGCAGCGAUGAGAGAGAUGAUCUUUCGAAUAGCCGUGAUGCAACCAAUACAUAUUGAUCCAGAAGCUGUGAAGCCACCUAAGAGGAAGAACGUGAGGAUCUCUAAGGAUCCACAGAGCGUAGCGGCUCGACAUCGAAGGGAGAGGAUAAGCGAGCGGAUUAGGAUUCUUCAACGUCUAGUUCCUGGUGGGACCAAGAUGGAUACUGCGUCGAUGCUCGAUGAAGCUAUUCAUUACGUUAAGUUUCUCAAGAAGCAAGUGCAGUCGCUUGAGGAGCAUGCGGUGGUUAACGGCGGAGGAAUGGCGGUGGUGGCUGGAGGAAUACCGGCGGGUGGUGGUGGAGGAUACGGAGGAAAAGGUUGUGGAACGAUGAGGUCUGAUCAUCACCAGAUGCUUGGUAAUGCACAGAUUCUUAGAUGA